AUGCGGCAAGGGAGCGACGUGGCGGUGCAAAUACCUUCGCGAAAUGAGCGAGCUUCGAAGACAAAAGAAAAACAUCUUUUUUACACCAACGAGACAUGGGUCAACGCCGGUCACAAGGUGGGACAAGUAUGGGUUGACACGGAUGUCACGAGCGCGCCUGAGGCAAAACGUUCCGGGCUCUCCACAGGACUGCAGAACUCCACUGGCAAGGGAGGCAGGCUGAUUGUGACUCACUGUGGCAACGAGAACGGGUUUGUUCUAGGUGCCGGAGAAGUGUUCUGCGCGAGAAAAGGCACGGAGGACUACCACGACGAAAUGGAUAGAGUCCACUAUCACAAGUGGUUCACUCAGAAACUGCUCCCUGCUCUGCCACCAGGAAAUGUUAUUUUCAUUGAUAGUGCACCUUUUCAUUCUGUGAAGGAAGAGAAGGUGCUCUGCAUGUCAAGUCUGAAAAAGGACAUUGAAGCACGGUUUUCAAAGAAAGGUGUGACCUGGAGCACCGAUAUGGUCAAGGCAGAGCUCAUGAAGCUUGUAAAUGCCGUCAAGGUGGAGGGCGAUACUUAUCGCAUCGACACGAUCGCCAGCGAGGCAGGUCACACUGUGGUACGUCUGCCACCGUACCAUUGCUAA